AUGACAAGAAACUUUUGCCCAGGCACAUAUGCCCUCGUCCAAGUCAUCACCAGGGCGGUGGCCUGGAUGACGGGCGUGACGACGCUGGUGAUUCUGGCCUUUAUCAUCAAUCAAUGGUCAGACAAGGGUGGUGCUGUUGCGGCUGGCCUUGUGGGGUCCGCCAUCGCUAUUCUCAACGACUCGUACAUUGUCGUCGCCAAGCUCGAUCGCGCCUUUGGCUUCAGCCCGCUAUCACCUGCGCGCGCCCUCCUCCACGACCUCUUCUCGCUCGCUAUAUCGCUCGGCGGCAUCGUCAUGAUCAUCUUCUCGCGCUACACAUACCAAUCCGAUGCCAUUGCCGCCCUCGAAAGCGAUUCGUCGCCGCAAAUCACCAGCGGGGUGGGCGAUCCCGAUGUCAUAAGCAGAGAGGGCUUUUCACAGAAUAAAAUGCUGGCCAUUGUGGUGUGGAUGCUUACUGCUGUUGUGAUUUGGAGAUUUAUAUUCAUCAUCUGGGGCGGAUUCGAAUGCUUUGUCGAAUUUCGCCAUGUCCAUCAUCCACGGCCGCGAAGACGAGACAUGAUUGAAGUAUAG